AUGCAAAGGGACGUAGUGGACUGGGCGGCUCGUCUGGGGCUCCAUAUUCUGAACGUGGGCACAACGAGCACCUGUGUGAGGCCGCAAGGUGAGUCGAUCAUAGACCUCACAUGGUCCUCACCCGCGGCCUCCGGAUGGGUGACAUCCUGGCGGGUGGCGGAGGAGAUGGAGAUCCUCUCCGACCACCUGCCCAUUGAGGUGGAGCGCCGACGAGCCCCCCGGAGGAGGACCGCGGAAGGCCAACGCCCACGAAGAUGGGCCGUCCGGAAACUCGACCCGGACAGGCUCGAGGCAUCCCUGGAGGCAGCUCUCUGGGCUGGGGGGUCCCAACCCAGGGAUAUUGGAGAGGAGGCACUAUGGCUCCGGCGCGCAAUGACUGCCGCCUGCGACAGUGCAAUGCCGAGAGCCACGUACACAGCGCGCAGGAGCGCGUACUGGUGGACGGAGGAGAUCGCGGAGCAGAGGCGAUCCUCCGUCCGCGCCAGACGGGCCCUGCAGCGUGCAAGGAGGAGGAGAGGGACCACGGACGCCCAACUUGAGAACCUCAAUGAGGAGUACAAGGAACUGCGGGCCAGCCUAAGACUGGCCAUAAGAAAAGCCAAGGAGAGGGCGUGGGAGGAAAUGAUCCUCUCCUUGGACGAGGACCCGUGGGGGCGUCCGUAUCGCCUG